CAUAAGUCAGCAGAAGCUUAUCUCUUCAGCUACGUAAUCACGCAAGCUCUGGCAGGGGUGAGCUCCUCAUUCGACUCCACGCUCUCACCAUCAUCCAUGUCAUUGACCACUCAUAUUGCCGAAGUCGCGACCGAAGAGAAGCGAUCACUGCCCUGUGUGCCCCUCCAGAUACUCCCAAAGCUCAUUGUCGCCAGCGAUGUCUGCGCUCUGGCUUUGAAACGUCGGCCGAUAAUCCAGCCGAACCGUCAGUCACCUUCUUCAUUGGGCCAAGGGUUGUCCCAAGGAACUCAAUCCUCGUAGGGUUGAAGACAAUAUAAUAUAUCCCUUGCUCCUCGGACUUUUCAAAUCUUUGCCUUUCGUAGUUUUUGCUGCAAACAACACCAUAACGUUGUUGUCAUGAGUUCGGAAAAGAGCGGCAUGUUGCCGCCGUACAGCGCAGCGGACCUCCCGCCGCCUUCGGGCCCUCGGCACUCUCACCACCACAAGCGAUGGCUACGACCUAGACGCAGCAUGAAGCUCAUCGUGGGGUGUCUCGCGUUCAUUGCCUUUGCUCAAUGGAAACAGAUCUCGAUUCUGCCUUCCCGCGAGCCAUCAUCUUCCCUGUCUGCGGACCGUCUGCAGCAGGAUUUGGCGACUUGCGCCAAGUUGCGACACAAGCCACAGGAUCCGAUUGGCCUCGGCCGAGAGAAGAACGCUCGUUACGUCGACGGCCAGCGCCCGACACUCAUCCGCAAUGCUACAAUUUGGGUUGGCGAGGCCGUCGAGGGAACAUCGCCCGAGGACGCGCGGGCCGGCAAAGGGUACUCGUGGAUCACUGCCGACGUUCUCAUCGACUACGGUCUGAUUCAAAAGGUCGAAGCUGACAUCUCUCUCGACUCCCUUCCCAAGGACACCCAGAUUUGGGAUGCCAAGGGCCGCCAAUUAACCAGCGGUAUCAUUGACAUGCACUCUCACGCCGGUGUUGGUGCCCUGCCCGAGCUCGUCGGCAACCAAGAUGUGAAUGAGAUGUCCAACGACAUUACUCCCUACGUUCGUUCGAUUGAUGGACUCAACCCCCUCGACCCACAGAUCCAGGUUAUCAAAUCUGGCGGUGUUACUACCUCGCUAGUCCUGCCGGGCUCUGGUAAUAACAUGGGAGGCGAGGCCUUUGUCAUUAAGCACGCCGUUGGCAAGCCCGAUGGCCGGACCGAGCUGUCUGCCGAGGACAUGCUGGCUGACCCGGAUCGCAACUGGCGGUACAUGAAGAUGGCAUGCGGAGAGAACGCGAAACGCGUGUACGGAAAGGUUGGACACAGCCCAUUCUCUCGUCUCGGCGAGAGCUGGGAGUUCCGCCAUGCCUUUGAGCAAGCAGCAAAGCUUGUGCAAGAGCAGGAUGACUGGUGUGCGGCAGCAGACAAGUUUGGGGUCGAGAGCCAGUCAUCCUACUUGCCCCAGGAUCUCAAGUGGGAAAGUCUCAGUGCUGCUCUGCGAGGUCAAGUGCACAUCAAUACCCAUUGCUACACAAUUCCGGAUUUGGAGGCAUUUGUCGAUCACACCAACGAGUUUAAGUUCCCAGUGCGGGCCUUCCACCACGCCCAUCAGACUUUCCUGGUUCCCGAGAUCUUGAAGCGCGUCUGGGGUGGUCGUCCCCCUGCCUCUGCGCUGUUUGCCGACAACAUGUACUACAAGUCCGAGUCGUACAUUGGCUCCGAGUACGCUGGCAAGAUCCUCUGGGAGAAUGGCCUUACCCCCGUGUACGUCAGUGACAACCCGGUCUUGAACGCCCAACAUGUCCUCUUCGAGGCCGCCAAGGCGUACAGAUACGGCCUUCCCUACCAUGCAGCGCUGUCCGGUGUGACAUCUGCGCCUGCCGAGUUAUUAGGCUUGGGCCAGCGAAUUGGCAAGAUCAAGCCAGGCUUCGAUGCCGACAUUGCUGUGUGGGACAGCGAUCCUCUCAGCGUUGGCGCCGCACCUGUGCAAGUGUGGAUUGAUGGAGCUGCCCAGUUCUCUGAUCCUUUUGAGCUCAAGAAGCCUCUUGAGGGGCCCAUCCAUCCGGAUCCCAAGCUGGCCAACACUACUGAGGAUACCACCGAUCUCAAGGAGGUUGUUUUCACUGGCGUUUCUAAUGUUUGGCUGUCAGGCGAGGAGGUCAGCACAGCCAAUGGCGAGGCGAUGAACGUUGUCUUCUCAAACGGCGAUAUCAAGUGCAUUGGCGCCUGCUCUGAGGAGGUUACGGCUGCCAAGUCUUCGUCUAAGAAGGUCAUUGACUUGAAGAAUGGCCACAUCACUGAGUCUUUCACCGCGUUCGGUUCUCUCAUUGGCCUCAACGAGAUUGACAACGAGGCAGACACAGACAACGGCCGGAACCCCACUGGUUUCAGUCGCGGUCUUGACGGUCUUGUGCUUGACAACAAAAAGCUGCACGUGGCUAAGCGAUACGGCGUCACCAAAGCCAUCUCGGCGCCCAAGUUCACGGGUGGAUUGACGCACUCUGGAACCAGUGUUGGUUUCAACACCGACGCCAAACACUCGCUCGAGAAGGGUGCUGUCUGGGCCGAGGACGUAGCCGUUCAUCGUACAUUGACUCUCGCUGCGAAGAGGGGUGAUAACCCAUCAAUUUCUGACGCCAUUGGCAAACUCCGACACACUCUCUUGGAGGCAGUCGCGACCAAUGAUACUGCAUCGGAUCCUUUCUCAGAGGCGGCCUACCUCAAGAAGGUCGUCAACGGAGAGCUGCCCUUGGUCCUGACAGUCCACAGUGCCGAUACCAUUGUCGCUGCUCUCAGAGUCAAGGCAACGGUUGAAGAGGCGUUGGCUGCAAAGAGUCAGUCAUCGGAAUCUCCCAAGCUCCGUGUCUCCAUUAUUGGAGGCGCCGAGUCUCAUCUCGUCGCUUCAGAGCUGGCCGCUGCCGGGGUCGGUGUGCUUCUUGCACCUUUCCAGUCAUACUCGUAUACCUGGGACCAGAGACGUUCGUUGACCGGCGCCCCUCUCACGAACGGUACCGCCAUCGAUACUCUCAUCGACGCUGGUGUCGUCACUGCCAUCGGCUUGGAGGAGGAUUGGUUGAUCCGCGACUUGGGACUGCUUGCCGGCAUUGCACAGAAAAACGGAAACGGGCGGCUGAGCGAGAAGAAGGCGCUGGAUCUGGUUUCCUCCAACGUCUACAAGAUUCUCGGCAUUGAAGAGUCGCAGUCGAAGAGCGGCCGCCACUUUGCUGUGUAUGAGGGCAACCCGCUUGAGAUUGGAGGCAGAAUCCGUGCUGUCGGCAGUGGCCGUGACACGGUGUCUGUCUUCGUGUAAACGAGUCGUGGGAGAUGUCUAGGCCUACGUUUAAGUCGGGUAGGUUUCGCCGAAACUUGAAAGACCCAUUGAUGACUCGGAAAGUAUUCCGAUCCCGGUUCCGAACCGCGCGGGGAAGACAGUAAUCCAAUACAUGAUCAAAGUGCAUGGCGGCUCACUUGAAAUAUGAUAGUGAUAUUGCAAAUGUUCACAUUCUAAGCACAUUAGAUCCAGCUGAAUCAGCUCUAGCCGUCCUGAUUUGCCGCAGGGUCGUGGCGCUGGUUCCUUUGACGUUGUGAUCCCGCGCGGGUAUUACCAAUCUGAUCCCGGACGGUGACGAUCCCGGCGUAUCACCCUUUGACCAAUAAGAAAGAACCAGAGCGAAGCCAACUAAACGGAUAC